CUGAAUUACAGGUUGCUGAAGCUGUUGCUCUUGUAGAUACUCUUCAGAACUGGACAGUUUUAGAUAAAAUAAUUAUUCCUACAAAAAAUCCUGACAAGAAGUUUAUUUUUGGCAAAGGAAACUUCCAGGUUUUGACAGAAAAGAUUAAAAAAUUGCCCCAUGUGACAGCUGUCUUCUUGAACAUGGAAAGAGUAUCUUCACUAACAAAGAAAGAACUAGAAGAUGCCUGGGGUGUGAAAGUCUUUGACAGAUACACAGUUGUACUUCACAUUUUUCGUUGUAAUGCCCGGACCAAAGAAGCAAAACUUCAGAUAGCGUUGGCCGAAAUUCCGCUUCUCAGGUCAAAUCUGAAAAAUGAGGUGUCUCAGCUAGCUCAGCAGAGAGGUGGAUCGAGAUACAUCAUGGGCUCAGGUGAAACAUUCAUGGAGACACAGAAUCGUAUCUUGAAAGAAAAAGAACUUAAAAUUAGGAAUGCACUGGAGAAACUAAGAAGAAAAAGGUCUUUACUUAGAACUCAGCGCAGAAAACGCGAGUUUCCGAUUAUCUCAGUAAUGGGCUAUACUAAUUGUGGAAAAACUACCUUGAUCAAAGCCUUGACUGGUGAAGCAGGACUUCAACCCAGAGACCAGCUGUUUGCCACUCUUGAUAUUACAGCCCAUGCUGGCUAUCUGCCCUCACGUAUGGCAGUUAUUUAUGUUGACACCAUUGGGUUUCUGACUGAUCUUCCACAUAAUCUGGUUGAGUCCUUUUCAGCUACAUUAGAAGAAGUGGCUUACUCAGAUCUGAUAGUUCAUGUGAGGGAUAUUACUCAUCCAGAAACCAUUCUCCAGAAAGCAACUGUUCUGUCAGUUCUCAAGAAUCUUAAUGUUCCCAGCCAUUUACUGGAUUCAAUGAUAGAAGUUCAUAACAAAGUGGAUUUGAUAGAAAGGUAUAAACCCACUGAAGAAAAUGCUUUAGCCAUUUCUGCUCUAUGUGGACAUGGUUUAGAAGAGUUGAAAGAAGAAAUAGAGAAGAAAAUUUUGGCAGCAACAGGGAAGAAGAUUCUGACAGUUAAUGUCAACUUAGAGGGACCUCAGCUAAGUUGGCUCUACAAAGAAGCAACAGUUCAGGAAGUCGAAGUCAUGCCUGAAGAUGGCACAGCCAGGGUGAAGGUGAUAAUCGGCAGUUCCGCUUUUGGCAGAUACAAAAACCUCUUCCCUAACAGUAAGAUUUCUAUGCCAUGAAACUGCAUCCUCUUCUAGAAAGGACACUUAUUAAGAGGAUGUGAAAUGAAGUUAAUGACCCAUUGGCCUGCGUGUUGAAGAGUGUAUUUCGUUCCCAGUUGAUGUUUUUGACACACUCGAGAAAUGGA